AUGCUCAUGGUAAAGCUGGACCACAUGCAGCAAAGUGUUCUGCAACUACAGAUCGAAUCGGCCAAGCAGCGGGAAGAGCAAGUGCACAUGACCGUGGGACUAAACAACAUGCAGCACAGUUUUCUGGAGCUACAGACCGAAUUGGCCAAGCACCGGGAAGAGGCUGCGCAGAGCCAAAAUGACAGCCAGCCGCACAUGCAGCACUGUUUCUUGGAGCUUCAGAGCGAAUGGGCCAAGCACCGGGAAGAAGCUGCGCGAAGCCAAAAUAACAGCGAUAAGAGCCUGGUUGAUAUUAAGAGGGCCGUGCAGAACAAUUUCGAUUCGAUGCGUCGAUUGGAGGAUGAUGUUGGUCGCAACUUUACUCUCCUACAGGAACGAUCAUGGCAGAUCUUUGCACUACAAGCUACGCAUACUACAAUGAAGACCAAUCUUCUGUCAUAUGUGCCCUAUCGCUCGUGCAGUGACAUUGGGAAUGCACAGUCUGGGGCAUAUAUUAUCCAGACGAACGGUGCAAGUAACCCUUUUAUGGCGUACUGUCAGAGGGAUGUGAAGGGUGGAGACAGCUGGUUGGUGAUACAGCACCGAUUCGAUGGAUCGCUAAACUUCUAUCGCAACUGGAAAGAGUAUCGGGAUGGUUUCGGUAACAUUGAGAAUGAGUUCUGGAUCGGACUGGAACGACUACAUCAGCUGACAUCGGGGCGACCCCAUGAACUGAUGGUUGAGCUGAGAGACUUUAAGGGGAAUUAUAAAUUUGCAGUCUACGCAGCAUUCGAGAUCGGCAGUGAAGCCGAACAAUACAAUCUGAAAACCCUUGGAGCGUACCACGGAACUGCAGGCGAUUCUCUGUCAUAUAACAAGAAUAUGAAAUUCACGACGUACGAUCGGGAUAAUGACGAAUAUAGUUCCGAACAUUGUGCUGUGAUAAGUGAGGGUGCCUGGUGGUACAAAAGCUGCUCGCACUCCUAUUUGAACGGGCCAUAUAAGAAUAUAGAUGGUAACUCGAUGAUCUGGUACCACUUCAGCAAUUCCCAUGAAAGACUGAGCUUUUCAAGAAUGAUGAUCCGACCAAAAUAA